AUGCACGGUUCUUUGUGCACAAUUCGUUUUCAACAUGGUGUCAGCUCUCCGUGGAAUAUUGGUCAAAUGGUGUUAUUUACGCGUCUAAGCAAUCGCAGCGACCCGCCGACUAUGGAGAUAGUCCGGCAAAUCAACGAGACACGGCAGUUCAUCAUCGAACAGAUCGACGAGAGCGUCGCGCUGUGCCAAGACAGCGUGUUUGACUUUUUAAAGGAGGAGGUUACACGCCGCCUUGAGUUUGCCGAGCGACUCACGCCUACCGAAUCCAAGCCUGCUGCUACGGAUAGCGAGUGA